CUUCAAAUGGGGUUUCCCGAUGUUAUUUUAGCGAAGACCAAUGAAGAGCUAUUUUGCCCUCCUUAAAUGCAUUUUAAUAAUGAACUUAAAAAAUAAAUAAGUCUUUUUAGGCGAAAACUUGACAAGGAAAGAGAAGCGUCAUGAGUGUAGAGGAUACAGCUGAUCUGGCAAACAGUGGUUCUCACACAGAUGAGCAGCACCCGGAAGACAUUGUGGCCAUCGCCCCCUCCUUCCCCAAUAAGUGGGAGAAGGGUGAAAAAAUCGGAAAAGGGGCUUUCGGGGAGGUGUACAUUGUCAAAGAUCUGGAUAACCCUAAAGAGGAGAAGUUCAUCGUGAAAGAAGUUUUGCUGGUCAAUGCGCUCAAAGACCGGAAUCAGAACAUCAGAGAGCUAGAGAUCUUACAGUCUUUGAAACAUAAACGAAUUAUUCCUUUCUACGGCUGUACUAUUCUUAAAGGGAUCUUAAGCAUGUUUAUGGAAUAUGAGAAAAUGGGGCCAUUAAAGUUGUACAUUGAUAAAAACGGCGCCUUGCCUGAACCCAAGGUGCAACUCUUCACCAAACAAAUUCUGGAGGGGGUAGACUACCUCCACUCCCACGAUCCACAAGUCAUCCACAGGAACAUUAAAUGUGAGAAUAUAUUCCUGGAGGACGAGAACAACGUGAAGCUGACGGACUUUGGCUUCUCCAAGGUCCUACACGACCAGACCCAGGCCAGGUCCAACCACGGCUCCUACAAGUGGAUGGCACCGGAAGUCAUCACGGCCGUCGGCGACAGCCAUUACGACGUUAAAGCGGAUAUUUGGAGUGUGGGCUGUACCGUGGUGGAGAUGGUCACUGCCCAAACAAUCUUCCCGAAACUGACCGCCUUCCAGGCUCUCAUUAAGAUCGGCAACAACCAGGCACCAGAGUACGACCUUCACCCCACAUCUUCAGACAACCUGAGGCAGUUCCUGGUCCAAACGUUCCACCUCAAGCCAGAAUUACGCCCUACGGCUAGCGAGCUGCUGCGUCAUGUGUUUAUUGUUGGCCAGUAGAAUAACAAAUGGACUGAGUAGGUUAACGCAGAGCAUGAAAGCAGAUCUAUUACAUAUACACACAUAAACAUAUAUAUAUAUAUAUAUAUAUAUAUAUAUAUAUAUAUAUAUAUAUAUAUAUAUAUAUAUAUAUAUAUAUAAUGUGUGUCGGUAAACAUAGAUGAUCUUAAAAGACCCUAGGAGAUAACACUAUUUAGACCUAAUAAUAAGAAAAGACAAAAUUGUUUAUUAUAAUAUGUUUUUUGUAGAAUGCGGAAUAUAGAGAGUAACUAGACUACCCGUCAUCCGUUGGAUAACUCUGUGUUUCGGGGGUCAUCCAUCAAAAAACAUCACGUCUGUCACUCAGAGGCGUAGCGACCCUUCCCGGCGCCCGGGGGACAA